AUGCCUCUAGCAACUCCAUCGGUCUCUCAGCGUCCAUCUAUACAGCACAUCGGCCCAGCUUCGCUGCUCACCGUCCCGCCGGAUGCGUAUUCCGAUUCCCGUACGCAUGGCCCCAAGGGUCCGACGCGACAUGUUCGCCUAUCGCGCGCGACAUCCAGGGGAGGUGGUGCGAUAGCGAAGGGCGAAGAUGAAAGCAGAUGCGUCGUCGCCGGAAGAGAAUCACUCCGGAUUCUACGCUUCGCCGCGCCGUCAACUGUGGGUUCUGCGCAUCCCGCGGAACACAAACAUGCAACUGGAAGAGGCGGAUAUCGCGUCGAAGCAUCCCGCAACUUCUGGGAUGGGAGUGGGCUGCAUGUGGAGAGCGCAAGCACCGAUGUAGUAUGGGGUCAUAACACAUUCAGCAAUAAAAUAUUGACGAGUGCGCGUAAUGGUGAACUCAUCAUGUGGGAUUUGAACAAGUCCGGACCGUCAAAAUACGAACACGAGACCAUUCUCGUUCCAUUCACGCCCUCGCCUAUUCUCCAAUACUCACGUACUAUUGCCUCACUGGCUCUGCUGACGGUGAUUUACGCGUCUGGGUGGGAUCUCAACGUAGGGCAGCGAGGACAAUUAGACCGCAUACCUGCCGCCCAUUCGGGGCCCAUUCUCGCGCUUGACUGGUCCUCGACGUCCGCUUCCCCUUCACCCGCCCAGCAAAGCACGCCAAAUUCUUGGUACAGCAGUUCCGGGUCGGCACUGGGGCUGCUGGACGAUAUCAUCCCCGGGUCAGGCGGUGUGUCGAAAGGCUCUGGUGCCAGGGAAGGGGAUGGUGCAGGCUUGGGAUGGCUUGCGAGCGGAGGGCUGGACCGAUGCGUGAAGGUGUGGGACUUGACAACGCCUCCUGGACGUUAUCACAUUCAUCACCAGCCAGCAUACACGCUGAGAACAUCCUACCCCGUGCGGCGUGUGGCUUGGCGACCCGGAUAUGACUGUGAGCUGGCCAUCGUCUCAAACACUGAUCUCGGCUCCACCACAGACAUGCACAAUCCCACCGCAAGCCCAUCUACUGCAGUUGGUAGUGCUCCAGGGUUAUUUAGCGCCAUGUCCAGCCCUCUAUUAGGCGCAACAUCCCUCAACAUCAUACAGAGCAUCAACAGCAUCGAAGACGGGUCCCAGGCCGGAUCGUCAAAUGUCAACGACCCAGUCGAAAUAUGGGAUGUCCGCAGAGGGUACAUCGCCAAGUGGUCGGUCAACGACGCUGUCGGAGAGGGCGGAGUAACUGACGUAGCGUUCGCCGACUCUCACGCAAUGUGGGCGCAGCACUCCACCGGUGCGUUCUCCCAGCUGGACCUACGCUACUCGCACAAGCCGCUAGACGCUAUCCCCCGCGUCGCGGCCACAUGGGACGCGGCGGGAUCGCUUGCGUUCGUGACCGACCGACCGAGGCGGUGGGAAAUACCUUACGAUGACCUCGAUUCCGAAAGCGCAGCGACCAUGCAGGGCUGGCAGGGCAGCGCGAAAAAGCCUGGAGACAGCCCCUUCGUCCCUGUGUCUCAGAAUAUGGGUACCGUUGUUUAUGGUGAUUGUGACGACUUGGACGCCUUUGUCAAGCUCGCGCGGGAGUACAUCUAUGAAGGUAACACCAAGACGAAUAUUUGGAAAAUAGAAGCAGCUCAGACGUGGUUCCUCCUCGAAAAUUUGCUCACAGACCUCGUCCCUCCGUCCCCACCACCGACAUCGGUGCACCAAGCUGCUCCUGCACUUUCACACUCAAUAUCCGCACCUGCUGCUAUCCCUACACUAACGUCGAUCCAGCCCAUCACGCCACAUCCACAGCGGUCCAUGUCCACAAAUCACGAUUCCACCAUCAAGCAUAAGGACAAAAGCCCCGGGUCUCUGUCCAAGAACAGUGAUGAUAGGCCCGGUUCGUCAAAGCAGUCUCCGCAGAGACUCACGCCGUCGUCCUCCACAACCUCGUCUCCCCAUCAUACAUCCAGUGCUCUCCCUCAAUUGCCAGCAACGCUGCUUGCCCGUCGUGAGUCGAACGCCGGACUGACACCGCUUAUGCGUCCGCGCAUGCCCUCGUCCCUUCGCAGAUCCUCUUUCGCGCAGAGCACUUAUAGUGCUCACAGCGACUCACCCACCGACAGUUCUCGUAGCCGAGGCAGUCACAAGGGAGUCGGAGAUGGUGCCCUCGAAGACUCCGACUCCGACAGUGAGGGUAACCAAGGGGCGACCGCAGGCGACGCAUUGAAGACCAAAAAUGAAAACGAAGACGAGGUCCACGGUCGCACACCGUCACACCUUCACUCACGCGCGAACACGCCCCAUCCGAGCCCGCUCUCACAGGUUGCCGAUGCGCAUUCCUGGACAGAGGAUGAGAAAGAGGACGAGGACUCCCCAUCUCCAGCAUCCACAAGCGACUCGGACUCAGGCCUUUCAUCAUCCAGACGCACAGCAAGCAGGCGCGGCAAACGGAGCACAACGCGGAGCAGAACGCGCAGUCGCAGCUCAACAGUCGCAUCCUUGGUCGUAUCCCCUUCCUCCCGUAGAAUGUUCAUCAGGCGGGACUCAAAUAGCAGCAUCCAAACGGUGACCGCGGUCAACGUUGAUCAAGAUUUCGACGACAACGACAUCGUGCGGAGCGUUGAUACCGUACAGGUCCGGAGAAAGGUGUCAACGCCCACUGUUGCAUCUCCGCAUCAUCGUCGUGUUAGAUCUCAGGCAAUUUCCAGUGAAUUCUUCCCUGAUAUGGACCAUUAUGUUAGCGACGAUGCGGUUGCACCCCUCGACGGAGGCACAGUCGUGGAUGUUGAGUACUGUCAAGCCAUACGAGACGCUGAGUCUAGAUAUCGCGAGCUCGGAUGGGCAUCACUUAGAGAAGCUUUCGAAUCCUUCGCUGAUACAGGCAGGGUACAGCUAUGCGCAUUCCUCGCGAUUGUAGCCCCCCAGCAAUUGAAGGUGUCAAAAGAACGGAGGUUACGACUCAUACAGAGUUACAUAGAUAUAUUGAGCCGCCUGCGCUUGCACACGCCAGCAGCUUACAUGCGUAAAUUCGUGGAUGAGGAGGAAAUCCGUGCGACAACUACAUCGCUGCCGCAAGCCCAUCCUUGCGCCCGCGACGCAAAUGCACCCCUCCGCCAUCUGCCCGUCCGAGCCCUCCUCUUCAAGUGUCCGGUAUGCAUGCACGGAGGCCACCAGGAGUGCUACCGUAACUACUACACGCGGCGACCAUUGGUCGAGCUAGCUGGGCCUGAGCCGCCGGAGUCCCGCCGCCCUCGCCUAAGCACUAUCUCAAUCCCAGACUUGGGAACCGUUCCGAAGAAGAGCGGACGUGCCCCUUCAAGGAGCAGAUCCGCCACUGGCAUUGAUAGUGAUGGUAGCUCAGACGACAGCCACGGUAUGGGUGGAAGCACGACCAGCGGCGGCGAUUUGACGGACAACGACGUGCCGACCCUCAGACAAGCCAUGCACGGACAUCCCUGUGCCGCAGGGUGUGGGCAUUUCUGCUGGGCAGUCACUAAAUCAUGA